UAAUCCAGUCUGUAUGUCCUGUUAAUCCAGUCUCUCUGUCCUGUUAAUCCAGUCUGUAUGUCCUGUUAAUCCAGGCUGUAUAUUCUGUUAAUCCAGUCUCUCUGUUCUGUUAACCCAGUCUGUAUAUCCUGUUAAUCCAGUCUGUAUAUCCUGUUAAUCCAGGCUGUAUAUUCUGUUAAUCCAGUCUCUCUGUUCUGUUAAUCCAGUCUCUCUGUCCUGUUAAUCCAGUAUGUAUAUUCUGUUAAUCCAGUCUCUCAACAUGUAUUAUCCUUAACCCUGGUGCCUCUACGUGGUUUGAGCGCUGCAGUAUAAUGGUGAUAUUACUCAACUGUGUGACCCUGGGCAUGUACCAACCCUGUGAGAACAUAGACUGCUCUUCAGACCGCUGUAAGGUACUACAGGCCUUCGAUGUGUUCAUCUAUGUCUUCUUUGCGGUGGAAAUGGUGGUGAAGAUGAUGGCCCUCGGAAUCUUUGGCCAUCGCUGUUACCUGGGUGACACGUGGAACCGUCUGGAUUUCUUCAUCGUCAUGGCAGGGAUGGUAGAAUACUCCUUGGACCUCCAGAACAUCAACCUCUCAGCCAUCAGGACAGUCAGGGUCCUCAGACCCCUCAAAGCCAUCAACAGAGUUCCAAGUAUGCGUAUCUUGGUGAAUCUCCUCCUGGACACUCUCCCCAUGCUUGGGAAUGUCCUGCUACUCUGUUUCUUCGUCUUCUUCAUCUUCGGCGUCAUCGGAGUGCAGCUGUGGGCGGGGCUACUGAGGAACCGCUGCUACCCCAAGGAAAACUUCACCCUUUCUAAAGACAUCUCCCUGCCUCGCCCUUACUACAUGGCAGACGAGGAUGAUGAGCGACCCUUCAUCUGCUCUCUCGCCCAGGACAACGGCAUCAUGGCGUGCACCGACGUCCCGGCCCGCCGAGAACUAGGACGUACCUGCUGCCUGGACAAGGACGAUGUGACACACAGACAGGGUUUGGGGCUGAGUCCUGAACCCCUGGUUAACGGGUCAGUGAGUGGGCCUGGACUGUGUGUCAACUGGAACCAGUAUUACACACGCUGUCACACGGGCCACAGCAACCCACAUAAAGGAGCCAUCAACUUCGACAAUAUCGCCUACGCUUGGAUCGUCAUCUUUCAGGUCAUCACCCUGGAAGGCUGGGUAGAGAUCAUGUACUAUGUAAUGGAUGCUCACUCCUUCUACAACUUCAUCUACUUUAUACUGCUCAUCAUCAUUGGUUCUUUCUUCAUGAUCAACCUCUGCCUGGUGGUGAUCGCCACCCAGUUCAGUGAGACCAAGCAGCGGGAGCACCAGCUGAUGCAGGAGCAGAGAGCCCAGGCCCACUCUUCCUCUACUCUAGCCAGCAUGACUGAGCCCUCGGCAGGCUGCUAUGAGUCCGUCUUCCAGCUGGUCUGCCACGUCCUCCGCAAGGCCCGCAGGAGGUCCAUGGCGCUCUGUAACCGACUGUUGGGGAGGCCCAAGGAGGUGAAAGGAGCAGGGAGAAGAGGAGGAGGAGAGAAGACGAACGUGAAUGGAGGAGGAAGAGGAGUAGGUGGAGAGAGGAGAGGGCAGCACAGACAGGGUGAGUGGUGA